UAGCUACCAUUAUGAUUCCUAAUUAGGUUAGGAAUCUACCUCCUAUUUAUAUACAUAUGUAUUCUCCAUAUUCAAUUAAUAAAGAGUCAAUUAUUCUUUUAUCAACAUGGUAUCAGAGCUCAGGCUUCUUCCACAACCCUAGCCCGUUUUUUCUCUCUCUCGUGCGCCGCCGCACGCACGCCGGCGUCUCUCUCUCUCUCUGUUGUUUGUGUUCGAUCAUCAGCAUGACAACAAAAGAAACAGAUCUGUUUCUUUCACUUCCCAGUGGCUUAAAACUCUUUCUACGAAAUCUUCAUUCUCUAGUUCCCACAAAACUGGAAGACAACAAUUACCCAUCAUGGUCGUCAACCGUUAAAGCUACGUUGCAAGCUCAUAAGCUUCUCGGCUUUGUGGAAGGAACGGAAGUUAUGCCAUCGCCGACCAUACUGGAUGAAAAGGCCCCUGCCAGCGACAAAGGGCCUGUGUUAAAGGCAAAUCCUGCCUACGAUCUAUGGAUCAUCAUUGAUGCUCAACUACGUGCUUCUCUUCUUGCACUUCUCUCACCUGCCGUUCAGAGUCUUGUGUAUCACUGCAAUACCGCUGCUGAAAUUUGGAGUCAUCUACAUCAAAGGUAUAAUUCGUUAUCCCGGACUCAUAUUUUUCAACUCAAGGAACAACUUCAUAAUCUCAGAAAAGGGCAAUCAAGCAUGCAAAAAUACCUUGAUGAAGCGCUGCAAAUUGUUAACUCUCUUGCCCUUGCUCGUGAACCUGUCUCUGAACAAGAUGUUAUACUUAACAUAUUGCGUGGUCUUCCUCCCGAAUAUGCAUCUCUCAAACAGAAUGUUCGGACAAAUAUUGCCACUGUCACGCUUAAUAGUAUCUCAUCAUGGUUGCUUUCCGAAGAACUCAACAUCCAACUAGAACAGAAGCUUCUACUCGGUUCGUCCUCCAGCUCCUCCACAGAUCUUCCAACCGCAUUCUAUGCCUCCAACCAACGGGGGCGAGGCCGUGGACGCUUCAGCAACGGCAGGGGGGCUGGUCGCUACGGUGGCAGUAACAGUGGCGCACGCCCAUACGGCCGUACCGGAGGUUCAAUGAAGAAUUUUCGGGCUCCUCCUCUGCCGGCACCAAUCCUCAAGCUUUUUACACCGCAUACUCUACAGAUCCUGGUCCAAAUUGGCACUUAGACUCUGGAGCAUCUACCCAUGUGACUUCUGAUUUAUCCAGAUUGCAAAAUCCUCAGUCAUAUUAUGGCACCAACUAUGUCUCCACAGCUGGGGGGCAAUCUCUACCAAUUUCUCAUAUCGGCUCAGGUCAGGUUACUACACCUACAGGUACCUUCACUAUUUCUAAUCUCCUUCACGUUCCUACCCUAAACACUCAUCUCUUAUCUGUCCACAAAUUUACCACUGACAAUAAUUGCUCUAUCCUUUU